UAAUUUUUCCAGGAAUCAGACUACAAUCAGAAAACUGCUACUAAUACAUGAUGCUCUUCAACUAAGUGGAAGCAUGACGCAUUAUUAAUGAUUAGUCCUUCAUACUCUUUGUGUGGCUGACUCAGUCGCGCAGUGAGUCAAGAGUGGCAAUGAAAGUGAAAAGAAGAUUAACAGCCUCAAUCAGACAUCCUGUGAAAAAAAAAAAAAAAAAAAAGGUAAUUAUGUGGGUGUACAGAGCGUGGUUUGUAACAUGUGGUUGGUUGUGUCUUUCAGCUAUUAUGUAUGUGAUGGGGGCUCUGGGGCCAGCUGCGGGGUACCUGCUUGGGGGCGUUCUGAUCGGCUUUUACGUGGAUCCAAAAACAGUCAUCAACAUUGAGCAAAAUGAUCCACGCUUUGUUGGCAACUGGUGGAGUGGUUUCCUACUCUGUGCUUUCGCCAUGCUGUUGGUCAUCUUCCCCAUGUUCACUUUCCCCAAAAAACUUCCCCCUCGACACAAGAAAAAGAAUGGGGCAGACAGCACCUCCAAUGAUGAUGAUGUCCUGAAAGAAAAAUCCAACAACAAAGACCAAACUGUGGCAUCCUCCAUGGGCUUUGGGAAGGACAUCAAAGACCUCCCCAAGGCUGCCAUAAGGAUCCUCAGCAACAUGACGUUCCUUUUCGUGAGUCUGUCCUACACAGCUGAGAGCGCCAUCGUCACUGCCUUUAUCACCUUCAUUCCCAAGUUCAUCGAGUCUCAGUUCGGAAUCCCAGCCUCCAACGCCAGCAUAUACACAGGGGUCAUUAUAGUGCCCAGUGCAGGGGUUGGCAUUGUACUGGGUGGAUACAUCAUAAAGAAACUCAAGCUUGGAGCUCGUGAGUCCGCCAAGCUGGCCAUGAUCUGCAGUGGGGUGUCUCUUCUGUGCUUCUCCACGCUCUUCAUUGUGGGCUGUGAGAGCAUAAACCUGGGUGGGAUCAAUAUCCCUUAUACCACAGGGCCGACACUCACUCUGACCCACAGAAACCUGACGGGAGGCUGUAAUGUGAAUUGUGGCUGCCGGAUCAACGAGUAUGCUCCUGUUUGUGGCUCAGAUGGCAUCACAUAUUUCAACCCCUGCCUGGCGGGAUGCAGCACUGUUGGCAAUGACAGCACCGGGAUCAGAAACUACACAGACUGUGCAUGCGUGCAGAGCAGGCAGGUCAUCACACCACCCACCAGCGGCCAAGGCAACCAGCUGCAGCUGGUCAUCGUGAAGACCUACCUGAACGAGAAUGGAUUUGCUGUGCCAGGGAAGUGUGAUCGCACUUGCAACACACUCAUCCCCUUCCUCAUCUUCCUCUUCAUCGUUACACUCAUCACAGCUUGUGCACAGCCCUCCGCCAUUAUUGUCACUCUCAGGUCAGUAGAAGAGCAAGAACGACCGUUUGCUUUAGGAAUGCAGUUUGUGUUGCUAAGAACUCUGGCCUACAUUCCCACACCAAUCUACUUUGGUGCGGUGAUUGACACCACCUGCAUGCUCUGGCAGCAGGACUGCGGUGUUCACGGCUCUUGCUGGGAGUAUGAUGUCACUUCCUUCCGCUUCGUGUACUUUGGCCUGGCCGCCAGCCUCAAGUUUGUGGGCUUUGUGUUCAUAUUCCUCACCUGGUACUCGAUUAAAUACAAAGAGGACCGCCUCGAGCGCUGGCAGCGGCAUCUGCCUCCUCUGGGCACCGUCAGCGAUCUCAUCUGUCACGUGGGAGGCCACAAGAGCCACGCUCGUACCCGCUCCUGCCCCGUUUUCACACCCCGUCCCGAGCCCCCUGACCAGCCCCCGCUCAACCGCGGACUCUGCAGCCAGAGCUGCCCCGGAAAUGCCCUCAAAGCAAUAACCCCACCUGCCCACUCGCUAAAGGAGAUGCACAUCUAAGGAACGUGCGCCCUGGCAUCUGCCUCCACGUGCCUUCCUGUCGGGUGCCUCCGUGUGGUUUUCAGGGUCUUGCUGCGCUCCCUGAUCUCAGUGUCACCAGUACAAACUCACAGCAAAUACAGGUUGUGGAAAAUCAUGGAUUAUUUGCUGUCGAAGUUUAUGGAAGACAUCUCAUGGUGCUAAAUGAGGAACGGAGAGGACAUUUCUCUGUUUUCAAACUUGGAUUCCUAUUAUAUCAAAGACAAAGGUCCACAAGCACAAAAGGAUAUCAGUACUAUGCAACACCGUACCGCAUUACAGCCUCAAGGCAGAUGCUUUAUACUCUAUUAUCAUUAACCACAGUAUUCCCAAAAGCAGAACAUCUCACAUGGCUUUUAUGAACAGGUCUGUAAAAAAAAAUUAACCUCAAAAUGGUGUUACCAAUUCGCUUCUUGUUAGUCGGAGGGUUUGGUUAUCAUGAGUGUGAUUUGGGUAAUAUUUAAGGAGCUGUACUAGAACUUUCAGCCUCCUCCAGAUGGAUCACAUAGUGCUGCAUGUAAAUUCAGUGCCUCAGAUUGCCCAAUCAGCAGUGAGGCCUGCUGGGUAACAUGCUGAGCACUGAGUGGACUGCUAAAAUGCAUUUGGAGAAGGACUUUGAAGCCUUGUCUUCUCCUUCAUCUUCAUAAACAUUCUGUCUGUUCAGUGAUUGACUCUCAAAUGACCAUUUGUGUUUUGUUGCAUACUGCGGGGUCAGAUGUUUGUUCAGUGGUAUGGUAUCAGGUCUCGAAGAAGUCAGGCUUUGGUCAGAUCUAUUUGAUGGAUUUUUUUUGGCGAAUCCAUAUUCAAACUGGUUUUGUUUUUUGUAAGUGUGAACAUCAAAAGAACUAAACAAAAAACACAUGAAACCUGAAGUUUAAAAACCUAAUCCAAACCACUUUCAUAUCUGGUUUGAAAUCUGAUUUAAAUAUUUUUUAUUUCUUUCUCAGUGUGACCAGUAAGAUCAGACAUGGAAUGAUAAACUGGAUAUGUCAUUUUUUCUCACUUCUAAAAAAAAUCUUCAUUGGCAUAUGGUUUCAAGAACAAGCUUUAACAUCCAUAGACCUUUCCAUUACAAAGGUUUUUUUUAAAGUGGAAAAAGGUACUUUAGAUUAUUACAAUGUCCUUCACAAUAGGAAAAUAAAUGGUUCUUUAAAGAACCAUUCAAUGAAAGGUUCUUUUGGGAACCCAAAAUCAAUCGUCUAUGGCAUCACAGUGAAGCUCCCCUUUCAGAACCUUUACUUUUAAGAGUGUAUAGUGAAGUAUGUGACUCUGUUGUGAAAUAGUGAUCAAGUCAGUGAUUUUGGACACAGUGUGAAUUCCUAAAUGUCUCAUUUGUUUUUUUUUCAAGCUUUUUUUUUAAGAUAUAUCAAAAAAAAGAUAUAUCAUGAUGGAUAGGAAGGCUUAACUUUAAAAUUGUCAUCCUCCCUUUCCACAUUUAAGGCACAUUCUCACCAAAUACGAUAACUUUAAAGAUAGCUAUACCAAUAUUGGUGUACACACCAAUGAACGAAAAUGUUCUGUUUAUUAUGUGUUCAAAUGUUUUCAUGUGCCACUUUAAACAUUCAAGCUAUUUAUAGUCAGAUGGAUUUUGAUUGGCUGCCGAUGUUUAUAUCAUGUAAAAUGCUAUUGUUUCUCUGUGUAGUUACCUUUUUGGUGUGACUUCCCUAUUUUCAUAGAAUUAAACUUACACAAAGUUAUCAUGCUUUGUGUAAACAGUUAUGAAUGAUACAGUUUCUUGGCGUCAUGCUGACAUAAUCAUUACUAAAGUAUCCAAUGUAGAAAGACCCAAUAUAAAUGUCAUCACUGGUUUGAUCACAAAAGUCAGAUUUGAAAACCAAAUCAUAUUUGUAUGUAGUGUGAACAGCGAUUCCAACCCAGAUUCAAAUCAGUCAACCGCUCAUGCUGCUGCCGUCUCCAAAUACCUGAGCAUAUCUGAGCAGCUUUAGCAAUAGCAUUGGUAAAGCCAUAGCAGAAUGUGAAUGGAUCUCCAAUUUGGUUUGGGAGCUGUUGACGUAUAUGAGCGUGUGCUUCGGUUACAGUCAGAUCCUCAAGCACUGGCUCUAUUCUUAUGCACCGACUAUAUAUAAUUAACUUCUGCCUAAUAUUAUCCAAACCUCAGAUUUUCAGUAGUCUGUGAUGGAUUUAUAAAGCUAGUUUGGCAGAUCACUAGAUGUAGUGCAGUUGCUAUUGAUCAAAACACAGUACAGAAGUCAUGGAGAAGUUUUUAGCCAUGUGUAAUCAUUUGCAUAGGUAUUAUUUGGUUUAGUUAUGAUUUAUGAGGGACUAACAUGAUAGUUAGGGCUUGGCAUGCGAACAACAAAACCCAGCUUAAUCAAUGAAAAAAAGACCAUGCUGUAUUAAUUCCAUCCUUUUAAAUAUUUCUUCACUUUAAAAUGAUUUUGCAAGCUUUGCUGUAUUAUGAACACCAUUUCAGACCUACGAAAUGAGUACGUACUUUUUCCAGACCUCUUAUUGUCAGUGUUUUUCAUAAAAUAUUGUGUUGAAAAGGUAUUCAGAUGAUGACUUCAAGUAUUAGAAUGUGACAUUUAAAAAUUGGGGUGUAAGAUGUGAAAUCAAGCCCCUCUGUGAAUUUGAAAUCGUUUUUUUAUGUUUGUGAACUAUAAGGUGUACAGUGGUGAAAGUCUGACUUCUUUACAAUAAUCAGGAGCUCCCCAUUAGUUUGACCAACAGUGUGAGCUGCUCAAAAUCAAUCUGAUGAAAUAGUUCAUGUAGUGGCUGCAAGACAGUGUAAAAUAUCAAUAAAGUAUCUUGAAAUAGACAAAGUAAAAAUGAAUUUCAACAUGAACAUGUAAAUGAGAACAAACAAAUGCAACAAAUACAGAAACCCUUUUAUUGUAUUUUAAUCCCUCAGUAUCAUGUUGUUAUUUGGGGGAAAUCGUGGGCUAGUGAUUAGAGAUUUUGACUCCUAACUGUAAGGUUGUGGGUUUGAGUCUCGGGCUGGCAACACCACGAACCCCAACUGCUCCCACUAAUACUUUUCUUACAGGUUUCAAGGUUGUUGUUUUUUUAAGUGAAUAAUUUUUAUUUUGUGCCCAUUUAGUCAAUGGACUCAGUUGCAGCUAAAGCUCAAGGAAUUCCUUUUAAAGUGCAUCUCACAUUUGAAGUCAAAUGAAUGCAUUGGUGUCUGUUUUCACUAUCAGCAGGGCUGAUUUCAGAUCAGUGUAAAGACUAGCUGUAAUUGUGUAGCUUCUGUACUCAUGGAUACAAGAUGUCCCGAACUCCCACAUGUGAACUAUUCAUCUAGACAUUUAAUUCUGUCUUGGUUCUUCAAUAUUUUAUUGACGUAUUUAUUGAAAUUGAAGAAUUUAGAAAUAAACUGUAAAGGGGACAUCAAUGUCUCAAUGUGUGUUGUUUUCAAAUACCUUGAGUUCAUUUAAUAAAAAACAACA